ACUUCCGGUCUGACCUAAAACGAUUCUCAUUUCAAUGUGCGGUUACCUCUUGGCUGCGCGGACUCUUUGAUGACACAUCGCCUGUCUGACGCCUGAUAGGCUACGAACCCGGAAGUGCUGAAUCCCUGUUAAGCUAGUUGUUUCUGUUUAGAGAGAAUCUUCUAUUUUCUUAUUAAUUAUCCUUCUUAUUUUGGAGCAACAGCGGAUAAUUACCCCAUAAGCAUAGCAGGCAACUGCUGGUAGUCGUAGCGGACGUAUCCAAGCGGUGGUUGUCAGUUGUUUGAUGCCAUCUGGACUUCCGUCUCAUCUUUGCUGAUCGUGUAUUUACUUGUACAUUUCUCAGCUGGUCGGAGCUCAUGAUGGACGGUGAGGCAGAGGGUUCGGUGUCGGCGGACUCCGGCAGGAAGCGCAGAGUGCACGGCAUGCUGAAGCUCUACUAUGGGCUGAAUGAGGAGGGAAAGGCCCCGGAGCAGCCGGAGUCCCUGGAUCCGUGCGACAUUAACGGGCCGCAUUUCGACCCCGAGCUCUACCUCAACAAGCUUAGAAGAGAGUGCUCCCUGGCAGAGCUGAUGGAUCAGGAAACCUGCAUGGUUAAGCAGAUCCGCUCUCUGGACAGCGACAUGCAGACGCUGGUGUAUGAAAACUACAACAAAUUCAUAUCUGCUACAGACACUAUAAGGAAGAUGAAGAAUGAUUUCAAGAAGAUGGAAGAUGAAAUGGAUUGCUUGUCUACCAACAUGGCUGCAAUUACUGAGUUCAGUGCUCGAAUCAGUGGCACACUUCAAGAUCAGCAUGUACAGAUUACAAAACUUUCAGGAGUCCACACUCUGCUAAGGAAGCUGCAGUUUCUGUUCGAGCUGCCGGCAAGGCUGAAUAAGUGUUUAGAGCUGCAGGCGUACGCUCAGGCGGUUAGUUCCCACCGCCGUGCCCGCUGUGUGCUGCAGCAGUACAGUCACCUGCCAUCUUUUAAGGGGAUUCAGGACGACUGUCAUGCCAUCAUGGACAAGCUGGCACAGGAGCUUCGACAGAAGUUCAGGGAUGGGGGGUCAAGUGCCAAAGACCUAUCAGAGUGUGUGGAGCUGCUGCUACAGCUGGAUGAGCCCGCAGAGGAGCUCUGUGAUAAAUUCCUCAGCCAUGCCCGGUCUCGACUGGAGUCAGAUCUCCAGGGCCUGGAAGCAGAGAUAAGGCCGACUGCCUCGGCUGUGAAAGAUGCUUUGGCUGCUUCCACACAAAAACAGUUAUCUGGUGCAGCAGCAGGGUCACCCACUGACAGCUCUCCUAAAACCAGUGCCCUGCCCUCUCCGUCCUCUAAAACAGACAUCCUGGAGUUCAUUGAUCGAGGCUGCAACGAGUUUGUCAGCAGCUUAUGCUUAGUAAUUACAUCUUAUCAAGAACUUUUUAUUAACCAUGCUCAGACAGGAGAGCUAGCGUCCAAAAACAUCCCUCAGAUGGCAAAUGGAAAGCUGCACACCUUUGUGGAUGAUCUGGCUACACGGUAUUUCUCGCUUGUGGAGCGAAGGAUCCAGGAGGAGAAGGGGGUGGGAGAUAACUCGCUCCUGGUUCGUGCACUCGACCGUUUCCACCGCAGACUCCAAGCUGUAGCCAAACUGCUGCCAGGCUCUGCUGUUCCCAACCAGGGGACUGAGAUUGUGAUCCGUGCUGCAAUGGAGAGAGUGAAGCAGUACCUCACUGCUCUCCAGAGCUUCUACAUGGAUAGCCUGACAGAUGUGAGGCAGGCUCUGGCCACACCUCGGCUCUCAGUGGCUAGUGCUUCAGUGGCAGGGGGUGGGGCACAUUUAGGAGGUGCGGCCUCUGGCAGAGAUGCUCCUAAUAGCCUGCCAGAGCUGCUCUCCUCCUUGUCAGCCUCUAUACUCAAUCAGAUUAAGUCAGUGCUGGCAUCAGUGCACCUCUUCACAGCUAAAGACAUCACAUUCUCCAAUAAGCCGUACUUCAAGGGUGAAUUCUGCAGUCAGGGGGUUCGUGAAAGUCUGGUCGUGAGCUUCAUAAAGUUCGUGUGCCAGUCGUCACGUCAGUUUUGUGAAAGUGCAGGAGACAAAGGCGGCUCAACUCCUCCUGCUCUUCUGCUGCUGCUGUCGCGGCUCUGCUUGGACUACGAAACCUCUACUAUCUCCUACAUACUGACUCUCACCGACGAACAGUUUCUUGUGCAGCACCACAGUCCUGUUACACCUGUCACAACUUUAUGCGCAGAAGCCAGAGAAGCAGCACAGAAACUCCUGAACCAUUAUGUCAAGGUUCAGGGCCUGAUUAUUUCUCAGAUGCUAAGAAAGAGUGUGGAAACGAGAGACUGGGUGAACACUAUUGAGCCACGAAACGUCCGUGCUGUGAUGAAGAGAGUGGUGGAGGACACGACAUCGAUCGAUGUGCAGGUGGGGCUUUUGUAUGAAGAAGGUGUGAGGAAAGCACACAGCAGCGACUCCAGCAAGAGGACGUUCUCUGUCUAUAGUAGCUCGAGACAGCAAGCCCGCUACGCUGCCAGCUACACGCCAAGUGCUCCCAUGGACACUAAUCUGCUGAGCAACAUACACAAGCUGUUUUCUGAAAGGAUCGACAUUUUCAGCUCAGUAGAGUUCAACAAGGUUUCUGUGAUGACAGGAAUCAUCAAAAUCAGCCUCAAGACCUUCCUGGAGUGUGUCCGACUGCGCACAUUCGGUCGCUAUGGGCUUCAGCAGAUACAGGUUGAUUGCCAUUACCUGCAGAUGUACCUGUGGCGGUUUGUCUCUGAUGAAAACCUUGUACAUUUCCUGCUGGAUGAGAUAGUGGGGAGCUCCGCCCACCGCUGCCUGGAUCCUGCCCCGAUGGAGCAGAGUGUGAUCGAAGUAAUCUGUGAACGAGGUUAAGGGUCGGAUGGUCAUAGUUCACUCAGAGUGCAGCAUGUAAUGGUUUCACUGACACUGGGAGGGUGUGAAUAUAUUAUAAAUCUGAUAAACUAUUAUUGUUUAAUGAUAAAUUCGCUGACACUGAUUCUUGGAAGCGGUAUAUGCAAGCUCUAAAUUAUUUUCCCCACAUGCUCUUAAAGGGCAUAGUACUGAACUAAACAUUACUAAAAUCUUAUAAGAUACUCCUCAGUCAUUCAAUAUAGUGCUGUAACUGGCAGCGAUACAUUCAGCGCUGAGCCAACACUAAACCAAACAAAAGAAAACUGCUGCUUCAUUGUGUAGACGAGUUUACCAUUUAAUGAUAGACUCACACCGAACAUUGUGUCUAUGGCACUAUGGGGUUAUAUGACGAUCAAGAAAAUGUGAUAACACUUUAUAUUAAGGUGCACAUAUCCACUCUUGACUAGAUGCUCAUUAGGAAACACAUUAGUAGAAUAGAUUAAUAGAAUAUUGACUCAAUAAAACACUGAUGGAUGCCUUAUUAGAAUAACAUUAGGAUUAACUUAAAACCCUACCUUAAUAUAAAAUGUUUUCUGUAUGUUAUAAUAAGAAAUGUUUUCCUUUCACUGUUCAUCUGUCAAAGGUAAAGGAAAAAAUUUAGAACGCAUAAAUCUAUGAAUAACAAAAUAAAUGAAUUAACGGUUGACGAUAUAUUAAGGAUCAUUUGGAGUAGGAAUAAGCCAAUAGUUAAUGAACUGGCUGGUAGCACCCUUUAAGAAAACAUAUUUAUCGAUGAUGACUUGAUUUUAGUCUGAAAUGAAGUAUCUUGGACUUUGUAAGGAACAGGUUUCCUGUUAAGCUAAGCAUCUAAAUUGAAGUGAUAAAUAAAUCUGAAUCUGAGCAUUAAAAUACAGUGCCUGUCAAGAGUAUUGACACAACUAUUGUUUAUUAUUUUUGCAAGUAACAUGCAUGUUCCUUCGCAGGAAACUAGUUAAUCAAAAGAUCUGUUUUGAAUAAACACGUGUACAGGUAUUGGUACAAAAACUUCAUUCUCAGUGACAAAUUAUCCUGUAUCAGUUGUAACAGUUGUGCACAUGCUGGUAACUGGACAGUUAUUUUCCCUGAACAUUCUGAAAUACUUUGCCGUGCGAUUCGUAAAACUUACCAAAGGUGUUCUUGGCUUGUGUCUGAAAAGUUCAGUAGGAUUUAGGUCAUGUGACUGGUUGACCCCAUGGCAGAUGACCCUCCAGUCGACUGUUUACUUUCUAAAUAACACAGCAUGGAUGACAUUGGAUAUAUGUUUCAGAUCAUUGUCUUGUUGCAGGUGGUGUUGUUUUGAAAGUAGCCAUGCCUUACAGACUCACCUUAUCAAUGCUGAACAAUCAAACUAUUUUCCAUUGUUUAACAUGUAUAAUGAGUCAGCGUGUUAUCCAAACUUGUUGAAACAUGACAGCUUACAUGUACAGUAGUUCAUCCAAAAUCCACUGAUACUGAUUAAGGAGACAGUUAUAUGAAUGUUAGCUUCUUGUACUAAUAUCUGUAUGUUUCUAUACAGUUAAAGUACCUAACUUGUUACAUGUAAACAAUAGGAACAUCCAUGUUAUUCACAAAAACAAUAAAAGAUUAGGAGCCUCUAAACUUUUGACAGGUAAUGUAAAUGUAAA